AUGGGUGGUGUUACUGAUCUUAGCUUUAGCUCAUAUGGUUGUAUGCUUCCAAGAAAGACCAAGCUCAACACAUUAGCUUGUAGAGCUAGCAACUUCAACGUGGGGCUUAAGACCAACUUCUACAAAGUACUCUCCGUGGAGUCCGAAAGUGUGGGUGCUGAAGAGAUAAAGAAGGCUUACAGAAGCAUGGCUUUGAGGUGCCACCCUGACGUCUGUCCUCCUUGGAAGAAAGAGGAGGCCACGAGAAUGUUCAUCGAACUACACGGAGCUUAUGAGAUGCUGUCAAACCCCGCUUUGCGUAAAAAGUAUGACAAUGAGUUGAGAAAGAGCAAGACAAUGAAGGAGGCGAGGGUGGAGUUCUUCAGAGAGACAUGGGAGGCCCAACUCUGUGAACUGAGGAGACGUUCAGAUCGUCGGGAGAGAGCAAAGAUGGGGAUCUUGGGGAGCAUGAUGAAGGAGAAAAAAAUUGAACAUUCUUUGUUAACUAUAAUUUGUUAUUGUUCCUAG